AUGUCGAACGCUUCGGUUGGCAACAUCUACCACCAGAUCAUCAAUGAGGUGAUCGAGGCGUCGCGGGUCGACUUUGAGGACCAGGGCGUUGGUGAGGAGGUCCUGGAGGAGCUGCGAAAGGGAUGGCAGGUGAAGCUAUCCAAACUCCAGGUCGCCGCCUUUCCUUGGGACCCUCCCCCACCACCUCCAGUUCAAGCUCCGGCCCAGGCUCAAGCUCAACAGCCUGUUUCUGCGCCUCAGCCUGCCGCUGGUGUCCCGGCUGCGUCCGCUCAACAGAUGGGCACACCGAGCUACACUUCGGCAACGCUCAGCCCUCAGCCUGCGCCCAACGCCCAGCCCCAGGCCAUGCCCAAUGGUCUUCCCGGGCCAUCACAGGUUGCCGGUGGGUAUCCCGGCCGGACUGAGUCCGUGAAGCCCGAGCCUGUCGUCAAGCAGGAGCCAGGACUCGCCAACACAGGCAUACAGCAGGCCCCGAACCAGGUAAACACGUAUGGUAAUGCCUCUAACAAUGUUGCGGCUCAGCGCGCCGCUGCACAGUUGCAGAACACCUAUGGGGCUCGGGCUGCCGCUAGCAUCAACGCAAUCCAGGGCUUUGGUCAGGGUGGUCAGCCACAGAAUUCCCAGGGUCAAUCCCGUCCUGGCGCGGCUGCACAGCCCAACCAGGGCCAGCGUCUCCCACAACAGCAGGCACAGUAUAGCCACCAGAUGGCCAACCAGCUUGCUAUGCAGCAGCAGCAGCAACAGCGCGGAGCCCAACCGCCGCCGCCUCGGCCCGGACAGCAGAACAACGGCUUCCCGCAGUCUCAGGUCGAUGGCACGGCGGAUGAUUACGAGGGUGUCUUGAUGCGGAAGGAUCAGAACGGGGAAACUUCCGAGGUGGGUCGUGUUGAGAUCGACCGCAUGCUUCAUGACCAGAUCGCUACUCGAGCCAAGCAGAUGGAGGGCGGUGGUCUCAUGCUGCCUCUGAAAGAGGCUACCAAGCACAAGUCGAUCGGCAAGAAGACUGCUUCCAGUGGUCCAUCAGGGUUCGACGGAGGAUUCGAUGGUGUCGAUGACGAAAUUAAGAGGGAAGAGGUCGAUGAAGACGCCAUCAAUUCCGACCUCGACGACCCUGACGAGGUGGACAUCGCGGAUGACGACGACGAGGAGAACAUGGGACAUAUCAUGCUAUGCAUGUAUGACAAGGUCCAGCGAGUCAAGAACAAGUGGAAGUGUACGAUGAAGGAUGGCGUCCUCAACGUCAACGGCAAGGACUACGUCUUCCACAAGGCAACUGGCGAGUAUGAAUGGUAA